GGGACGCCCUGAGUGCCUUGAUGGAGGGAGGCGAGGGGAAAAUAAAUCAGAAGCCCCUACCAAGUGCCAGGCACUCACUAAGUGCCUUUUGUGCCAAUGCGUCUCAGAAGCCACUCACUUGCCAAUCUCCUAAGAAUUUCAUCAAAAUACAGCCUGAUUCAGUGGCGGGGCCUGAGGUGCCACAUGUCUGUAAGCUCCCGGCGCCUGGGGCCUCGCUUUGGAGAGAGAAGCUGUACUUUGUUUCAUCCACACCCCAGGGCAGCCGGGCCAUCGCCAUGCCCACCCACUCCCCCAAAUCAACUUUGGAAUACUUUGAGUAUGAUGAGUCAGCCGAAGCCUGUGAUAUGGGGGACGUUGUGGCCUUCGGGACCGUCUUCCUGUCCGUCCUUUACUCCCUUGUUUUUGCCUUUGGCCUGGUGGGAAAUUUGCUGGUAGUGUUUGCCCUCACCAACAGCCGGAAGCCCAAGAGUAUCACCGACAUUUACCUCCUGAACCUGGCCUUGUCGGAUCUGCUCUUUGUAGCCACGUUGCCUUUCUGGACUCACUACCUGAUGAGCGAGCAAGGCCUUCACAACGCCGUGUGCAAACUGUCUACUGCCUUCUUCUUCAUCGGCUUUUUUGGAGGCAUAUUCUUCAUCACUAUCAUCAGCAUCGACAGGUACCGGGCCAUUGUCCUGGCCGCCAACUCCAUGAACAGCCGGACCGUGCAGCAUGGCGUCACCAUCAGCCUGGGCGUCUGGGCGGCAGCCAUCUUGGUGGCAGCACCUCAGUUCAUGUUCACAAAACAAAAAGAAAACGAGUGCCUUGGUGACUACCCUGAGGUCCUGCAGGACCUCUGGCCCGUUCUCCGCAACGUGGAGGCAAAUUUGCUUGGUUUCCUGUUCCCCCUGCUCGUCAUGAGCUACUGUUACUUCAGAAUCAUGCGGACGCUGUUUUCCUGCAAGAACCACAAGAAAGCCAAAGCCAUCAAGCUCAUCUUCCUGGUGGUCGUCGUGUUCUUUCUCUUCUGGACACCCUACAACAUCAUGAUUUUUUUAGAGACGCUUAAUCUCUAUGACUUCUUUCCCAAUUGUGACACGAAGAAGGAUCUGAGGUUGGCCCUCAGUGUGACUGAGACAAUUGCAUUCACCCACUGUUGCCUCAACCCCUUUAUCUAUGCGUUUGCUGGAGAGAAGUUCAGAAGAUACCUUUACUACCUGUACAGGAAAUGCCUGGCCGUCCUGUGUGGCCGUCCUGUCCACGUCGGUUUCUCCCCAUCUGAAUCACAAACGAGCAAGCGGGAAAGCAUUCUGAGCAGUAAUUUUACUCACCACACCAGUGAUGGAGACGCGUCCAUCCUUCUCUGAGGGGAUCCCCAAAGCCUUGCCCCUCUAGAGAGCCCGGAGUUCCCAAGCCUGCCACUGAAUAACGAAGACAGAUUUUUUUGUUUGUUUGUUUCUUACAUGCAAGCCAUGACGGACCGAAUCCUCCAAAACAACCCUGAAGCGUUUCUGAGCGCCGUGCCCAAAAUUUGAGGGAUAAGGGGUAGGCACGUCUCUAACUGCAAAUGUCAGAGCUUUCUGUUCACAAAGGACAAAAAUUCAACUCGCGGUAGCUUAGCUAAAGAGGAGGCGGGGAGUAUUAUUCACAUGGUAGCGUGAGCAAGAGAGUGGCUGAGCCCUCAGAGUAUGUAGAAACUAGGGCUUGAGUCCACCUAGAAUUUUCCUCUCUAGGGCUCUCAAAUCUCUGAGUGGUGACAGAGCUCCCAGACACAGCUUAGCCAACAGAGUGGGACUGAGGUUAAAAUUCCCAGGGAAGGGCUCUCAUUGGCCGAGUUUGAAUCAGAUGCCCCUCCCUGGACCAGGUUGUGGUUUUCACGCAGGGGAGAAUAGAUAAGAUGGAGGCAUCCAUUCCAAUCUCAUGGUUAGAGGUGCAGGAAGACAUAUGUCCAAGAAGCCGGGGGCAGGAGGGGGGGGUGCUAUUUUGACCCAAUAGAACAAGAGCUGCCCACCUACCUUCCCAUGUAUCUGGCCCAGCCUCCUCACCGAUCACACCAGCCAGCACGCACUGCCAGCCUGCUCUUCCUUAAACCCUUCUCUAUCAUGCGUCCAGACCCGCGAAGGCAGUCCAGUGCCCCCUGCAUCCAGUCCGAGACACUCCAUCAUGUGGUCCCACCAACAGGUCCUCCAUUUCGUCCCCUUCCCCAAAGAAUCCAGCCUCUCGGCCAACCGGAUCUCUUCCAUCACGCAUCAUCACCUGCUCCUGGGUGCAGGGAGAUGAAGAGAAGGGACCCUGACCCAAACUGACAAGGGAUGGUUUCCAAUCCCACCUUCGUCACUCGCCAGCGGGGUAGCUCGGGGCCAGCCCAGCUUCAGCUUCCUUAUCUGUAGAAUGGAAACCAUGGUACUUUUCUCGUAGGGAGCCUCCUUCCCGGCAUGAGAAACCAGCCACCGGCCCUGGCAGGUGCCACCCCUCUUCUCUGGUUUCCAGACCUCGGCUUUCCCCCCACCUGGUGCAGCGCUUACACGGCAAACCUGCCUUGAAUAUCCCUUUCCAGUGGCCUCGCGGCAAACCCCUGCCCAUCCCGAGAGAGCCCCCAUCCUUCAUGCCAACUUGGAGAGCCAAGGUCACAGACACUUUCACGUGUUUAGAGUUGAAAGCAUCACGUGCAGACCCUUUUGUAAUCUAUUUGUCUCUUAACAUCAGACCCCAAACGGUUCUCGGUUUCUAUGUAGUUUUGUACCGUUUGCUUUAGAAGGCUCUGCCAGGCUGUGCACUGGUCGAAGGCAACUGACUCAUCUCUGUAUUUCUGACACAUCCUUGGGAGUCAUCAUGUUGGUUCAGUCGGUGAUAGAAUGAAUCGUGUCACAGCAAGAUCACGUCUCCUGCUUUGCUCACCAUUGUCCUGUUGAUAAACAUUCCGCUUGUUGCCAGUAUUUAGCAAAUAUAUAUUUCACAGCA